ACCGAUCAGCUGACAGAGUGACAGAUCCGUCGGUCGUCGAUUCAUUAAAAAUGGCAUCCACCACGGUGGCGACCGCUACGAUACGAGCUGUGACAGGGAGAAAAAUUCUUCCGACUCGCGCUGCGCUCACCCUGACGCCCAAUGCUGUCAAAAAAAUUAAAGAGAUUUUAAAGAAUAAGAGCGAAUAUAUUGGUCUGAAGGUUGGAGUACGGCAACGAGGAUGCAAUGGUUUGAGUUAUACCCUAGAUUAUGCAAAAGAAAAAUCUAAGCUUGACGAGGAGGUGAUUCAGGAUGGUGUUCAUAUAUUCAUCGAUCGCAAGGCACAGUUAUCUCUUCUCGGAACAGAAAUGGAUUAUACCGAAAACAAAUUAAGCUCCGAAUUUAUAUUCAAUAAUCCAAAUAUUAAAGGGACAUGUGGAUGUGGAGAAAGUUUUUCAGUGUAGUAAAAUUUAAUGUGGCAUUAGUAGUCUUAUGUGAUAUAAAAUUACGUGUAAUCUCUAGUGUUAGUUAAAUUUAGGAUCUUCAAAAUACCUUGUGAUAUACAACUGCAUAUUUUUUGUCUUUUCUUACAAUUGAAGGACUGAAUUUACAACGCAACAGAUAUAUGUAACAAUCGUCACGAUUUAAUUUAUCAUCUAUAAGUUUUGUACAUACCUUGCCAUAUUA